AGAAAAAACCAGCAGCCAGCAGUUGUGAAAACAAGGUGAAAAAUGCGAAAAAUGGGAAAUAUUUAACAAAAUUUGAUAGAAAGAUAUGAAAUCGAAGAAAAGUCUAAUUGUGAUUAUUGCAUUAGUGAAAUAUUUACAGAACAGCCACGUUCGAGUUCGCCGUUGGUCUGAAUCGUUGCAUUGAUUUAUUGUGGAAUGCAACUGCACCUUACGAUUUAGCGUCUUGCACGCUUCAUGCAUUUUUCUUUCGGCGUUUCACAAAUCACAUCGGUCUAUACAUGCAUGCUCUGCAAAGAGGGCUGACUCAUGUUCGUUAUAAAUUGUGUAUUUGUUUGAUUAACGGGAGUAUAUAAUAGAACUCGUGUCAUGAGUUGAACGAAAAAAAAAAAUCAUUUCAAGUCAAGAUGGAUGAACAACCCAGCAACUCUAUACUUUAUACUGGCGUCAUAGUUCCCAAGGAAGAAAAAUUAGAAAGCCUUAUUGAACCUAAGAAGGAAAUAACGGAAGAAUUUUUAAUACCUAAGGAGGAAAUAAUAGAACAUGAACCAAACAAGGAAAUAUUAGGGCCUUUAAUACCGAAGGAGGAAACAGCCCCUGUAAUACCGAAAAAAGAAACAGAAGUUCUUAUAGUUCCGAAGGAGGAAAUAAUACAAGUGGAGAUAACCUUUGAAAAUGACAAUACUGACUAUAUUAUACCCGAAGAACCAUCCACAUCUAAGCAACAUGUAGAAAAUUUGAAUAAACAAAAUGAAGCCAAUUAUCUGUUCACAGACGAAACGGAACCACCCUUUAUUGAUUUUACUAUACGCAGACGACUUAGCAAUCACGGGCAAAUUAUAUCGGACACCGCUGCCUGUUCAACAUAUGGCUCCCCUUCGCCAACGCUAUGGCAGACCCAAUGCAGUAAAGCUGCAAAGAAAAAGGAACUCCUCUCUUGCGAAAUUUGCGAGAAAAAAUGCCCACCUCCGCCUAAGAAACGUAGGCAGGCUCGACGCGAUAGAUCUGCUACGAAACAAAAACUUCAUUCUUGCCACGUCUGCGGAAAACAAUAUCAAUACAAAAGUGCUUUAGAUAGACACAUGAGGGUGCACACUGGCGAAAAACCAUUUUCCUGCGACCUAUGCCCUGCUAAGUUCGCCCAAAAAAACCACGUAGUCUCCCAUUUAAUCUCUCACACUGGUGAAAAACCGUUCAUUUGCCAAACAUGUCAGGCUAAAUUUGCAACAAAACAGCAUUUAAUCAUUCACACGAGAAAUCACACUGGUGAGAAACCCUUCAUUUGCGACCAGUGUCAGGCGAAAUUUUCACGAAAAACCAAUUUGGUCACGCACAUGAAGACACACACUGGUGAGAAACUUCAGUCAUGUGAGAUAUGUCAGGCUAAAUUCACACAACAAAAAACCCUGACUGCUCAUAUGAGGAUACACAUACGUGAGAAACCUUAUGAUCAGGAUAAUACACAAAAAUGUACUUUAAAUACUAACAUGAGAUAUCACACUGGUGAAAAUUCUUGUUCUUGCGAUCAAUGUCAGGCGCAAUUUGCUCAAAAAUGUUCUCUUAAUGCUCUUAUGAGGACUCACACUAGCGAUUAUUCUUGCGAAUUUUGUCAAAAGAGUUUCACACAAAAAUGUGAUUUAGAUAUUCAUACCAAGACUCACACUGGUGAAAAACCGUACAGCUGUGAAAUAUGCGAGGCCAAAUUUUCGAGGAGAGACAAAUUUUUCACUCAUAUGAGGGUACACACUGGUGAAAAACCUUUUGCGUGUAAAAUAUGUGACGCUAAAUUCUGUAGAAAAGACCAUUUCACUACUCACAUGAAAAUUCACAGUGGAGUGAAACCUUUUGCAUGCAACACAUGUGAAGCAAAAUUUUCAAGAAAAGACCAUUUCACAACGCAUAUGAGAACUCAUACUGGUGAGAAACCGUUCACUUGUGAAAUAUGUAAUUCAAAAUUUUCGAGAAAAGACUAUUUCUCCACUCACAUGAGGAUUCACACUGGUGAAAAGCCAUUUUCGUGUGAUAUUUGUGAAGCUAAAUUUUCAAGGAAAGCUUAUUUCCACAGUCAUAUGCGAACUCACAAUGGACAAAGACGUUAUUCGUGUGAAAUGUGUCCGGCUAAAUUUUCUAGAAAAGACCUAUUAACUUGUCAUAAUAUGAGGACUCACACUGAUAAAAAACCUUAAUCUUGGAAUUGCGUCGUCGCAUAAUUGAGAGAUCCUUCCAAAACAUGCGCGAGGACACCCAUCAGCCUGUAUGCGUCCUCAGCUGGACGUAGGCCUUCCCAAGAGCGCGCCACCAAAACCGGUCCUCCGCCUUUCCACCCGCUCCUCGCCAUCUUCAGGUCAUCGGUCUAGCGGGCUGGAGGUCGUCCCACACUGCGCUUACCGGUACGCGGUCUCCACUCAGGAACACGUCUGCCCCCAUCUGCCGUACUACGACAGACAUGACCUGCCCAUUGCCACUUCAGCUUGCUAAUUCUUUGAGCUAUGUCGGUCGCUUUUGUUCU